AUGUUAGAGCAGUUGAAUUAUGAGGGUAUUGAGUUCCCUGUUGCUACCAAACAUUAUGGUAAAAGAGAGGAGCAAAACAGCAUCAUUAUUAACGUUUUCGGCUAUGAGAACAAGCAGUUUUAUCCUAUCUAUGUUUCCAAACCGCAUUAUGAGGAUAUAUUGAAUCUUCUGUCAAUAGCAAAAGAUGAGAAGAAACAUCAUGUUCUAAUAAAGGAGUUUGAUAGUCUGAUGUUUAAACCCUGGUUUCCAUAUGAUCGUCCAGAUCGUCUCAAAAAAUGUUCAGACGAUCGGGACGAUCAUAUGGAAACGCUACCCAGACAAUCGCAAACGACCCGGACGACUCCGACGACCUCGAUGACUUGGAUAGAGUUGAGUUCUAUCCGGACGAUUGGGACGAUCAUGUAAAUUUUGAAGCGAUCAUAUGGAAACGCUCUCAGACGACUGAGACGAUCGGGACGAUCUAGGACUAUCCCAGAAGUCAUCACUCUUAUCCCAAAUUUCCUAGCUCACGUGCUCCAUUUCAAAAUGGCGGCAGUAAACACUGAGUUAAACACGUCGGUCUUAAUGGAAGAAGUGCAAAACUGGCACGACCAGCACGGUUUCUUGGCUAUGAACGGACCAACAAGGGUUAAAAGAUAUUCAAAACGCUCCGGGGACAUUCUUGUGAACCUAGCAUAGACAAUAAGUUUAUGCUUCACAUCAGUCAGUUUCCUUGUAAACUGUACAAGCCGCAUAGUUUGAAAAUCCUACCUGAAGAAAAAUUCCCUGUCAUGCAGUCUGAGCUCUUGUACCAGAGUAUGGUAAGCUCCUAAUUCUUCUCGCUUCUGAUAUAUCUGUCGAACCCAAAACCUGUGUCUUCGUGGGAUUGUUCGAGCUCUUCUACGGCGCAAAAUCGAAAGAAUAAGAAGAUAACAAGCCAGGAGACUCGCUCUGCGAUUGACGUCGGCCAUUUCGUUUCCGAAUAUCGCGCCAAAAUUCUGUUGUCGGGCCAAGGAACAUCGCUGACGACCGCGCCUCUUCAGUCUUUGAAGCGAUCGUGACGAUCGUAUGGAAACCAGCAAUCGUCUUAGUCGUCCCGAUCGUCUCGAAAUUUUUGGAAACGACUGGGACGAACGGGACGAUCAUAUGGAAACCAGGCUUAAUAAGACCACGCAUAAGAAUAAAAAGUAUUUUUGCACGUACUGCUUACAAUGUUUUAGUACAGAAGAGAUUCUUUCUAAUAAUAAGGUCAACUGCUUGGUCAUCAAUGGCGAGCAGGCUAUCAGGAUGCCACAAAAAGGUAAGAAGACAUUGCAGUUCCAAAAUCAUCAUAGACAGAUGCUGGUACCUUUUGUUAUUAAUGCUGAUUUUGAGGCCAUUACAGAAAAGAUACAAGGGUGUCAGCCUAAUAAUACCCAAUCAUGUACUGACAAAUAUCAAAAACAUACUGGCUGCAGCUAUGGUUACAAAGUUGUUUGCUGCUAUGAUGACAAAUAUACUAAACCAGUGUAG